AUGUCGUACUAUUACACCAGUCAGAACACUGCAAUUAAUUCACCAAGCAGUUUUAACGAUGGCAUUAUCAUCAAUCCAUCAAGCCAAUAUACAAAGAAGAGAUUACAACAACAAUUAGAGAACCGCAUUCCACGCAAUACAAGUCAUAUCAGCAGUAGCGGUGGUGGUGGCGGUGAUGACGAUGACUUACUAUUUUCUAUGGAACUACAACAACCUGUUAAUGAAACAAGCUAUAUAUUAAACUCCAAUGCAAUCAAUUACAGUCUUAACUCUGAAAGUCCGUUCUUCUCAAAUUCUUUGCUAGAUUCGAAUUACAAUUUUGAUCCAGCUCAACAAAAUUACAAGAUAUGGUUAUCUACAGUCUAA